AUGGACACAAUAGAUCAAUCAUCAUGUGUCCCUCCUGGAUUCCGUUUUCAUCCAACUGAUGAAGAACUUGUUGCUUAUUAUCUCAGGAAGAAAGUUGCAUCUCAGAAGAUCGAUCUUGACGUCAUUAGAGAUAUCGAUCUUUACAGAAUUGAACCAUGGGAUCUAAUAGAAAGAUGUCGGAUCGGAUAUGAGGAGCAAAAUGAGUGGUAUUUCUUCAGUCACAAGGAUAAGAAGUAUCCCACAGGGACAAGAACGAAUAGGGCAACCAUGGCAGGGUUUUGGAAGGCCACCGGAAGAGAUAAGGCGGUAUACGAAAAACAAAGGCUCGUAGGAAUGAGGAAAACCCUAGUUUUCUACAAAGGAAGGGCACCAAAUGGGAAGAAAACAGAUUGGAUCAUGCACGAGUAUAGACUCGAAUCCGAAGAAAAUGGUCCUCCCCAGGAAGAAGGAUGGGUCGUUUGCCGUGCAUUCAAGAAACGCGCAACCGGACAUUCAAGAAACAGCGAAAGAUGUGAAUCGAACUAUUUCUACGAGGAAUCAAGGCGCAUAACAUCAGCAACCAUCGAUGAUUACAUCACAACUCCGCUUUCGAGUAGUUUUCUUUCGACGCAAAGCUUCAUGAUGUGCAAGCAAGAGCUGGAAGCAGCUGAGAAUUUGAACUUCGUGCAAUAUGAUCAUGAUCAAUCUAAACAACUGCCACAUCUGGAAAGCCCAUCUCUCCAGUCAAUAAAGAGGCCGAUUAUAAGCUCAAUAUCCGAACAAGAUCAAGAAUACAUUAACCAAAUCGGAGGGAGAAACGCGAGAUAUAACAACAACGAAAUGAACAAAGUGAGGGAUUGGAGGGAUCUUGAUAAGUUUGUAGCUUCUCAACUAAGCCAAGAUCCAGAGAUUAAAUGCAUGGGAGAAGGGGUCUCAAUGAGCUUCGCAGAGAACCAUGAUUCGGAUUUGAGUUAUAUGUUUUUGCAAUGUGGUAGCGAAGAAGACGAUGAUGGAGGGGGGAAGUUGACCGGAUUCUUGACUUCAACACGAUCGGAUCACUUUGAUAUUGAAAGUUACAUAUAUGAUAAUUUAUGA